AUGAGCAGCGACGAGCCUGAUUGUUCUGAAGUUACAAAAGUAAAAAAAAGGAAAAUUAAAAACGAACCAAAAGAACACAUGAGCAUUGAUGAGCCUGGUUGUUCUGAAGUAACUAAAGUAAAAAAAAGGAAAAUUAAAGAUGAACCUAAAGAAAACAUUGCAAAGAAACGUAAAACUACAGAAAACAAAGCUGUGGACAACGACCUUACUACAUUAUGGACUGACCACGAACUUCUAGCGGAACAAAAAUGUAUAGAGGUUUACAUUGCGAGAAAUAUAAUAAACUUAUUCAAAGAUGGAAAUACGAUUCCCUUCAUUGCAAGGUAUCGAAGGGAUAAAACAGGAAAUAUGUCACCUGAAUUGUUACGAGAAGUUAAGGAUUGUUUUGACCACAUUUGUCUGUUAAAGGCAAAAAUAAAUACAUCCAUAAACACGAUAAAUAAACUGGGUCAGUUGAAUCCACUCUUAGAGAAAACAAUAAAGUCUGUCAAGUCUCUGGAAGAACUUGAAAUCAUUUAUGCUCCUUUCAAAGUUGGCGGUAAGAGAACUCUUGCAGAACGGGCUAAAGAAUUAGGUUUGGAAGAACCCGCAAUGAAUAUAUUAAAUAAUAUUAAAGUUGACCUAAAUAAUUACAUUAAUCCUGACACGAAGGGUCUUGAUACGAGAGAAGAGGUUGAAAAAGGAGUAGUACAUAUAAUUGCUUAUGUUAUUGCUACUGACACUGAAAUGUUAUCUUAUUUGAGAGAAUUAAGGGCAAAUGUAAAUUUCAUGCUUGAAAGCAAAAAAUCUCAUGGUAAAAUAGAAUCUAAAUCUAAAGCUUCAGAUAAAAAACAUACGGGUAAACCAGUUGACGAGUCCAAAUUCGAGAAUUAUUUUGACUAUAAAAUUCCAGUGAAAUAUAUAAAACCGCACCAGAUUUUAGCAAUUAACAGAGGCGAAAACCAAAAAGUUUUAACGGUGAAAAUUGUCGUGCCAGAUUAUGUUUUACAUAAGUUUUCCCAGUUUUGUUGUAAUAAAUGGCUGAAGAAAGGAAACUUUGAUUUUAAUAGAAAGAGAAUUAUAGACGAGGCUAUAAAAGAUUCAUACAACAGACUAGUUCAGCCACUAAUAAUCAGAGAAAUCCGUGCUGAACUUAAACAGAAAGCCGAAAAGGCGUCAUUCGACGUUUUUAGUACAAAUUUGAAACAUUUACUACUUGCCGCUCCUUUAAAGGGAAAGCCUAUACUAGCCAUCGACCCUGGAUAUUCCAACGGCUGCAAAUUGGCUUUAGUGUCUUCAACCGGCUCUCUUUUGUCACACAACGUUAUUUACCCACACAAGAACAAAGAUAUAAUAGAAAACGCCAAAACAGUAUUAAAAAAUAUGUUAAUGGAAUAUGAUUGUACGUUAAUAGCACUAGGAAACGGCACAGCUUGUAGAGAAACAGAAGAAUGGUUAACCCAUUUAAUCGAAGAAAGAACAUUCUACCCGCUGGAAGUAACGUACACGAUCGUCAGUGAAGAUGGCGCUUCGAUUUAUUCUUGUAGUACGGAGGCAAAGAAAGAAUUUCAGAAGUUGGAUACCAAUAUAAUUAGUGCAGUAUCUUUAGCCCGACGAAUCCAAGACCCCUUGGCUGAACUGGUAAAAGUAGAACCCCAACACCUCGGUGUCGGCAUGUAUCAGCACGAUCUCAAAAAGAAGCAGUUGGACGAGACUUUAAACGACGUGGUGUCGGAAUGCGUGAGCUUUGUAGGCGUCGAUUUGAAUACAGCUUCGCAGUGUUUGUUGAGGAAGAUCGCAGGACUGUCCGAAAAGCGAGCAACAAACAUAAUCGCGCAUCGAGAAAAGAACGGACCAUUCCUUUACCGCAAACAGUUGACAGACGUGCCCGGAAUAGGCGCGAGAAUAUUCGAACAGUGCGCGGGUUUCUUAAGAGUAGGGCCCACCAAUGUUAAGGAAGCCACGAACUUUUACAAGAAAUCAAAAACCACAAAACUAGAUUGCACCUACAUUCACCCUGAAUCGUACGACGUGGCUCACAAGAUCAUCAAGAAAAUGGGACUUAAACCCGAGGAUAUCGGAGAAGCUAACUUUAUAUCCACUGUAAAGUUGAAAAACCUCGAUGCCUCCGCUUUGAAACAAGAAUUGGGGUGUACCGAGGAAACCGCUAAACUUAUAUUAGAAAGCUUGGCUAAGCCGUUAAAUUACGACCUACGGUACGAAGUUUCGCAGGUGCCUUUGUUCAGAAAGGGGCUAACGAGUAUUUACGACAUACGAGCAGGUGCGGUUGUUACCGGUCGCGUUAAGAACGUGACCCAUUUCGGGUGUUUCGUGGAUAUCGGCGUGGGAAGCGACGGACUAAUCCAUAACAGUAAAUUAAACGGGUUUAGUUUACAAACUGGAGAUCGGGUAGAGGCCAAAGUAAUUAAUAUUGAAGUGCAGAAGAAGAAGAUCGGUUUAGAAGCUGUGAAGAAACUGUAACUUGAAUUAUUUUUAAUUUAAUUUAUUUUUUAGUUAGGCGAUCAAAUAUUUUUUGAACGUUGUAAA